AUGUUAGCCUCGAGUCUGCUGGCUAAUUACUGCACCGAACUCCAUGAUGACCAAGCGCAUAAAGUGGACAAAUACCUGAACCACCUUCAGCUGUCAGAUGUGACUUUGAUGGAUGUGUCAAUAAGAUUUCGACGAGAGAUGGACAAAGGCCUGUGCAGAGACACCAACCCCACAGCUGCUGUCAGGAUGCUGCCCACAUUUGUGCGCUCCACUCCUGAUGGAACAGAGCAAGGUGAAUUCCUGGCCCUCGACCUUGGUGGAUCCAACUUCCGAGUUCUCCUGGUCAGAGUCAUGGCUAGUGGCAAGCGAGAGGUGGAGAUGGAAGAUCAGAUUUAUUCCAUUCCUGAUCACCUCAUGAGAGGCAGCGGCUCUGAGUUAUUUGAACACAUAGCUGAUUGUCUGGCUAAUUUCCUGGAGAAGUUGGGGAUAAAGGAUAAAAAGCUUCCUCUGGGCUUCACCUUCUCCUUUCCCUGUCAGCAGACCAAGUUGGAUGAGAGUGUUUUGUUGUCUUGGACGAAAGGUUUCAAGGCAAGCGGAGUAGAGGGAAAGGAAGUGGUCAGCCUCCUGAGGAAAGCCAUCAAAAAAAGAGGGGACUUUGACCUUGACAUUGUGGCUGUAGUCAAUGACACAGUGGGAACCAUGAUGACCUGUGGCUACGAUGAUCAUCACUGUGAAAUUGGCCUGAUUGUGGGAACGGGUACCAAUGCCUGCUACAUGGAGCAGAUGAGGAACCUUGAGUUGCUGGACGGCGAUGAGGGGCGGAUGUGUGUUAAUACAGAGUGGGGUGCUUUUGGAGACGAUGGUGCCCUGGACGACCUGCGCACUGACAUUGACAAAGAAAUAGACGCAGGCUCUUUGAACCCUGGCAAGCAGCUGUUUGAGAAGAUGAUCAGUGGCAUGUACAUGGGGGAACUGGUGCGUCUUAUCCUGGUGAGGAUGACCAAAGAACAGCUGCUAUUCCAGGGCAAGACCACAGCAGCGCUCCUCACCACUGGAAGCUUCAACACCAGUUACAUCUAUGCCAUUGAGAAUGACAAAGAUGAGGAAGGUCUGAUGAGCGCCGAAAAGGUUCUUCGGGGCCUCGGCCUGGACCCGGCGGUUGAGGACUGCAUAGCCACUCAGAGGGUGUGUCAGAUAGUGUCUACACGGGCCGCACACCUGUGUGCUGCUGCUCUAGUGGCAGUGCUGCGGCAGAUCCGUGAUAACAAAGCAGCCGAGAAGCUCCGUGCCACAAUUGGAGUGGACGGCUCUGUUUACAAAAAUCAUCCAGAGUUUUCCAGGAGGCUGCACAAGAUGGUACGGCGACUUGUGCCGGACUGCGAUGUUCGUUUUUUGCAGUCGCAGUGUGGUAGUGGGAAGGGUGCAGCCAUGGUAACAGCAGUGGCCUAUCGUCUUGCCAUUCAACAUGCUGAGCGUCAGCGCAUCCUCAACACUCUGCGUUUGAGCCGUGAACAGCUGCUGGAGGUGAAGAGGCGAAUGAGUGAGGAGAUGGUGCGAGGACUCUCAAAGCAAACCCACGAGCAGACAAGCGUUAAGAUGCUUCCCACUUAUGUCAGAUCUACGCCAGAUGGAACAGAGCAUGGUGAUUUCUUGGCUUUGGACCUUGGGGGCUCCAGCUUUCGGGUGCUGCUGGUGCGAGUGCGAAGUGGAAAGAAACCCAAAGUGGAGAUGCACCACAAGAUCUACAGUAUCCCACAGGAGACCAUGCAGGGCACAGGGGAAGAGCUUUUCAGCCACAUUGUGUAUUGCAUCGCCGACUUUCUGGAAUACAUGGGCAUGAAAGGAGCAUCCUUACCUCUGGGAUUUACAUUCUCUUUCCCAUGUCAUCAAAGCAAACUGGAUCAGGGCGUUCUUCUGAAGUGGACAAAGGGUUUCAAAGCCAGUGGCUGUGAGGGACAAGAUGUCGUUAUGUUACUUAAAGAUGCUGUUCGCCGCAGACAGGAAUUCGACUUGAACUUUGUGGCGGUGGUUAAUGACACGGUGGGAACCAUGAUGACCUGCGGCUACGAGGACCCCAAAUGUGAGGUUGGACUCAUCGUAGGCACAGGGACCAAUGUCUGCUACAUGGAGGAAAUGCAGAACGUCGAACUGGUGGAGGGUGAUGACGGUCGUAUGUGUGUUAACAUGGAGUGGGGAGCAUUUGGUGAAAACGGUGAACUUGAUGACUUCUGCACCCAGUUUGAUCACCUUGUCGAUGAUUGCUCUAACUACCCUGGGAAACAGAGGUAUGAGAAGAUGAUCAGUGGCAUGUACCUGGGGGAGAUAGUGAGGAAUGUGCUACUGGAGUUUACUGCUAAGGGUCUGCUGUACAGAGGCAGACAGUCCGAGCGACUCAAAACGCGGGGCAUCUUCGAGACAAAGUUCCUGUCACAGAUAGAAAGUGACCGUCUGGCCAUGCGACAGGUCCGCUCAAUUCUGCAGCACCUGGGCCUCACCAGCUCCACAUGUGACGACAGCGUACUGGUGAAGGAGGUGUGUAGCGUGGUUGCCCGCCGUGCAGCUCAACUCUGUGGCGCUGGUUUAGCGGCUGUGGUUGACAAGAUACGACAGAACCGCAACCUGAAUCAGCUUUCCAUCACCGUGGGAGUGGACGGCACCCUUUAUAAGACGCACCCUCACUUCUCCAGCAUCAUGCAGGAGACGUUGCAGGAUUUGGCACCGCAGUGUCAGGUGACUUUCCACAAGUCUGAGGAUGGAAGUGGGAAGGGAGCGGCACUGAUCACAGCUGUGGCCUGUAGGGUCAAGAGCGAAGGGCAGCACUGAAUCGUCGAGACAGUGGUGGUGGACAGGUAGAAUCAGAGCUACUGCGACUGAUUUUCUGUGCCAGCCUACCAAAAUAAAAGUCACAUACACCUUGACCUUUGAGUGAGUGAGAUCUUCACAAAUGAAAUGUUUAGUCUGACCUAUUGUGUAUGUGGGUUCAUUUGCACAAAUGUGAAUGUGAGUUUUUGCUUGCAUGUUUGGAAUAAAUACAUUUAUGCUGUGAUCUGACAUUGGACAGUGGAAAAUGAACUUCAGAAAUUAUAGUUAGGCUUGUGUGUUAGGGAAGUUGCACCUUCUGUGAAAAAUUACUGUUACCAAUCUUACCAGUCAAAUUUUUUUUUUACACCUUCAAUUUCACCCUGCCGACUAUUCUUUCUACUAUUUUUUGUCAUUACUUCUGUGUGCUCUAAACUUUCCAAAGCAAGACAUCAAACAAAGGAAGCUGGAAUAAAAUUGUGGAUAGUUAAGACCGAUAUACUUAAACAAAAUAACCUAGACUAGAAAUGACCUGAGCAAGAAAAUGAAACACAUCUGUAUGAUGUUUUUACAUUUGAAUAAUUCUGUAUUGCUUACCUUAGUUUGGACUACCUCCCUUAUUAAACCUAAACUGAAUGUUUGCAUUUAUGGUUUCACAUCAUUUUAAGAAGGAAAAUCAAACACAAGAUUUGUAUUUGAAUACUUUACAGUUUAAAAUAAAAUAAAACAAUUUGUUUCAAAUUAGCAUCAAAUAUUUUUAAAUGUCAUUAAAAAUAAAUGUUAUACUAUCCGUCUCUUCACUGUGAGCCGACCAUCUGCCAUCAGAAAGGAAGCUUGACUGACAAGGGUCUACUCUAUAUCGGAGUAUAUAAUUGGAGCCAAAGCUAAUUCAUACAGUAUGUUAUUUAGUGCUAACACAGUUCUAAAACACUGAAGAGGUAAGAUGUACCAACAUUUGAUUAAUUGGGGGUAGAAUAAAAAAGUUUGUGGACCUCUUAAUUGCUUACCUGGAGGGACUGGUUUUAGUCUUUUAAGACUUGUUUGUUUUAUUUUAUUUUAUUUAUUUUUGUCUUUUGUAAUAUAUGUAUUUGUUUUGUUUUGUUUUUUGAUUGUUCAUUGUGCAAAGAAAACAAAGACAAUGUCUGACAUCCGAUAGUUCUGCAAGUGUCAGUGUACAGGUCUGUUAGCUUCAGAGAGAUUUGAGAUCAUUACAAAAAUCAGAGGGAAGUACAGUUGUGAGAAUCGGUUGCUUCUGAAAUAAUGUUCUGUUAAAACCAUAAACACCAACAUCUAGAUGUAUAAUCACUACAAUCAGCCUUUGUUUAUGGAACAAAUUUAUGGAGCACAAAUACUAUAAAUAUCCCAUUACUGUAUACAAUGGUGAAGUAUUUUUACCCCACUAAUUACAUUGAUGUUUGAUUAGCUUGAUAUGAAAAUUAAUCUUCCUGUGCUCUGAAACUAAAACUAAGCUUCUUGCUCUUUAAAUAACAUAUCCUUUAUUUAUAGAAAACCAAGCGUUCUUCAGCCAACAGCAGAUUUAUCAGAUACAAGCUAAUAACCACUGUUAUUACUGUGUGUACUUUAAGUCUGAUUACAGUGAUGCUGUCAUCCACAAUGUCAUCAAAGACUGCCUCAAUAAAAUUGGCCUUGAAUUGCUUUUGGUCUCUA